CUAUUAUUCAUUUAUUUCCUCAUAUAAUAAAGUAAUUAAUAUAAUUUCAUAGAUAAUGAAGCAAAUGAGGAAUCUAUUCAUUUUUAAUAACGUUGCAGGCAAGAGAGAUCUUGAUGUCUUUUAUGAAUGAUGAUCCAUAUUUGAAAUCCAUAGCUGCUACAUAUCGUUCUAUCUCGAGUGGGGAUUUGAUUCUUUCUCGUGAUUCUGAUUUUCUCGUGACGAGAGAAACUAAAUGUGUCUAUAUUGCCCAAAAGGAAUAUGCAACUGUGGAUCCUUCCCUUGUCGAUGUGAUUGGCACUGAUGGGCAAGGAGGCUGUGUGGGUGUGGUCAUACGAAACCCUAAAAGUGGAUUGAUCUGUGUUGCCCAUAUGGAUCUUCCAGAAGUUAUUGAUAAUGGCCUUACUCAGAUGUUAUCAUCCGCUAUUGGUCAAGAGAUUGAUGAAAUUUUGGAUGUGGAAACUGCCACUGGAUCAAUAUUUCCCGCAACCUUUGAUAUAACAACAUAUCCAGAUGCAACCGUUAGGAAAGCUCGACUAGACGCCGCCCUGUAUGGGGAAGAUAUGAGAUUGCUAGAGACGUAUGACACUAUAUCCGAUAAAUACG